UUGAGUACUAAUUUUGAACAAUUUUUUUCACUAUCAAAAAUGAAGGCAAUAGUAUUUGUUAUACUUUCCGUCAGCGUGGCUUCGGGUCUGGGAGAAAAGGCUCGUUUCGAUAAUUAUCGCGUUUAUUCGAUCGAAGUGGAGAAUAAUGAACAGUUGCAAGUGUUAAAAGAGUUGGAAAAUCAACAGAAUGGGUUGUUGUUUCUAGCACCACCAACGGCCACACAAACGUUUGUCGAGCUCAUUGUGCCGCCACAUAAAUUUGCUGAUAUUAGUGAACUGUGCGAAAAAUUCCGAAUGAAAAACGAUUUGAAAAUCGACAAUUUGCAAAGAUUAAUUGAUGAGGAACAGCCUUCGCUUACCACACGUGCUGCCUACGGCUGGAAGCAAUAUCACACCAUAGACGAAAUAUAUGACUGGCUCGAUCAGAUGACGAGGCGAUACCCGCGUGAGCUAACGAAUUAUAAUAUUGGCAAAACAUACGAAAAGCGCAAUAUUCGAGCCGUAAAAUUAUCCCAUAAUCCGGAGCGUAAAAAUCCAACAAUUUUCAUUGAGAGCACAAUUCAUGCCCGCGAGUGGAUUACAGUUGCAACAGCUACGUAUGUCUUGAAUGAACUCCUAACAUCAAACGAUCCAGAAGUCCGUGAAAUGGCCACAAAAUAUGAUUGGGUGUUUGUCCCAGUAGCAAAUCCCGAUGGCUACGUAUACAGCCAUUCAAGUAAUCGAAUGUGGCGAAAAACUCGGAAACCACAGCGGAAUUCUUGCUUUGGCGUUGAUGCAAAUCGAAAUUUUGCUUUCCAUCAUGCGGCGACUGGUGGAUCUACAAAUCCAUGUUCGGAAACGUAUGCUGGAGCAAAGGCAUUUUCAGAGCCCGAAACGCUUGCCUUAGCGGAAUUCAUAAAAUCAUUUGACAACAUCAGACUUUACCUUUCGUUUCAUUCAUAUGGCCAAAUGCUGCUGUUCCCCUAUGGACAUUCGAAAAAUCGCGCUGUGAAUUUUAAUAGUUUGAAUCAAAUUGGUAUCAAAGCAAAAGAAGCAAUUCAAAAGCGUUAUGGAGCAAAAUAUUCCAUUGGAAGCAUCGCUGAGGUUUUAUAUUUGGCAUCUGGAACGAGCAUCGAUUGGGUGCAUGCAACUCAAAGUGUUCCACUGGCCUUCACGUUCGAGUUUCGCGAUAGUCGCAACGGUCGUUACGGCUUCGUCUUGCCAGCUAGUCAAAUCAUCCCAAAUGCAUUGGAAACGAUGGACGGUCUCAAAGCGAUGCUCAAAGAAGCAAAGUUACGUCAAUACUUAUAAAAUGACGUCCCGCUCGGAAUAAAUGUUUCAAUCAUAAAACGUAGCGGUUCUAAACCCAUAAAAUGUGUUAUGAACUACAUUGUCUGAACAUUUUGCCGACGAACUAGUCUUAUAACAUACAAGUAUAUGUUGAGAAAAAAAAACUCCGGUGGUUUUUAUAUUUUCGCCCAUAUACAAUAAAAACGAUAUUCAAUAAACUCAAUAUGAAUUUUAUUU